GCGCGCAGCGUUGUGGAUGAACCGACUGGAGUAAAACUGAGAGGAUGUGGUGGCGACUGGCGAGGCUGUCACACGUGCACUUGUAUUGUCAUCGGGUGACUCCUGUUUUCCUCUCCGGUUACGCCGUGUCUGAUUUUCCGUUCCUUUUAAGUACAACAUCAUAACCCGCUGACAGUAACUGCGAGACACCGUGCUGAAGCCAACAGGCAGAAGGAGGCAAUGCGACGCCAUUCAAAGAAGAAGAAUGUUGUUUUGGCAGUGCUGCUUCUCGUUGGGGGACUGUACUUCAUCAGCCAUUCGGGCCUCCUUAUUGCUGAAACAAAGUAUACAGCCAAUUCAAACAAACAUGAAAGAGGAUUUUACCAGAAAGCUUCACUGCCCUUCUUUAGCUUUAAGUACAACACAUCAAAGAGCCUGACAAAACUGCAAGAAGAGAUACCAAAUGAGUUAAGUUGGCAAGCAGAGAGGCCAAUUAAGAAGGAUUCCUGGGUCGAUCAGGGAGAUUACCUGCCUCUCAAUGUGUCCUAUCAGCUGCUUGCUGGAACACCACCUGCACACCAGAGGUAUUUAUCUGUUGGAUUAUCAUCGGUGAAGAGGAAGAAGGGCAGCUAUCUAAUCCCCACCUUACAGUCCCUCUUCUCCCAGUCAUCUCCUGAAGAGCACUCCUCCAUGGUGGUGGUGGUGCUGCUGGCCGACUUCGAUGUCAGCUGGAGAGUCAGUACAGUGAAGGAGAUCAAAACUGCAUUUCCCUCUGAGCUGGAACAAGGCCAGCUACUGGUCCUCCAUGUUCCUCAGGAUGUGUACCCUUCUGUUACAGGUCUAAAGAGGAACUACAAUGAUGCUCCAGACAGGGUAUCAUUCCGCUCCAAGCAGAACCUGGAUUACUCCUUCCUGGUUCACUACAGUGCCGGUCUUGGCCGAUACUACCUCCAGCUGGAAGAUGACGUCUUCUGUGCAAAAAAUUUCCUGUCCACUAUCAAAAGGCAUGUUAAGGAGCAAGAGGCGAAGAAGACCACCUGGACAAUGCUGGAGUUCUCAGCCCUCGGCUACAUUGGGAAACUCUACAAAUCAGAAAAUCUUCCUCUUCUGGCUCGCUUUCUCUUCCUCUUCUACCAGGAAAUGCCCUGCGACUGGUUGAUGUCUCACUUCAGAGUGUUGCUUACUCAGAAAGAGCCAAUCAUCUUCAAACCCUCGCUAUUCCAACACAUGGGGACUUUCUCCUCAUUCAAAGGGACAUACAACAAGCUUAAGGACAAGGACUUUGAGGAGGACUUCUAUAGCAAUCCCUCAGCUGUGGUUUAUUCUAAUAUGUCCACUUACAAGGAACAUGUCCCCAAACUGGCGUGGGAUGCUGGAGAGGGAUAUUUCUGGGGACGCUCCCCGGAAAGUGGAAAUCACCUGACUGUGGUAUUCAGAGACCCUACAGUAGUGACAGGGAUACUUGUAGAAACGGGGUCAGGUGGCAAAGACCUCCUAGAGUCAGCUCAGGUAGAGAUAGGUCAUGACGUGAUUACCACGGAGAAACAGGAAUUGUGUUGUAAAGAGUUCCAGUCAGUGGGGACAUUAGAGAAUGGGAGGUUUGAGAUGCAAGAGGUGGACAAAAGGUAUAGCUCUGCCUCUUCCUGUCUGAGGAUAAAAAUCACAGCUGGACAGAAGGAUUGGGUGAUCAUUAAAAAAAUCAGGAUCACAACAAAGCUGAGUACACCUCCACACCCAGCUUAGGAGUGAAACUUUCCUGCUAGAUGAAGAAUUUGUCUUUAUUUGAUCUGCUGAACCUUAAAUGCAGACCGAAUGUAUGACUUUGUGCCUUGGUAAACAGUGUCAUUGAUGAAACAACAACCCAGUCCUUAAUGAACUGGUUUGAAGCAUCUGUCAAUAUGAACAUGUUUGAUGAUAAGCUUUGUGAUAACUUAUCACAUCUCUUCAACAUGAGGAAAUUUGCAAUGAUAAAAGUUCAUAUCAGCUACAGUAAAAGCAGGCAACUCCAGGGGCCAGAUGUAUGAACAACGUGUAUGCACCAAACUAUGCUUACCGGUAUUCCCAUGCAUAAGCUGGUAUUUAUGAAGGAAGAAUUUGCAGUGAGAAUGUGCAUAGCUCCUUCAAAGAGUGAUAUAGUGAAGUGGAAAUGAAAAAUGAGGCACAGAAUGUAACAUACAACAAAAUAGCCAGUUUCACAGAGUUUGAUUGCUUAUCAUAUUUUUUGCUAUUCUCACACGCGCGCACGCACACACACACACACACACACACACACACACAUCUAUAUUGAGAUGUAAAUGGUAAAUGGACUGCAUUUGUAUAGCGCCUGUCUAGUCAUCCGACCACUCAAAGCGCUUUUUACACUACGAGUCACAUUCACCCAUUCACACCCACAUUCAUACACUGGUGGCCGAGGCUACCAUUAAGGUGCCACCUGCCACUAACAACACUUUAACACACUACACACCGCUGGAAGCAUCAUUGGGGGCAAUUUGGGGUUCAGUAUCUUGCUCAAGGAUACUUCGACAUGCAGACUGGAGGAGCCGGGGAUAGAACCGCUGAUCUUCCGAUUGGUGGACGACCUGCUCUACCUCUGAUGGACAAUUUACCGUUUUCAAACUGCACUGUAAAUAGUUUAAUUAGUGUACUGCAUUUUUCUACAUUUUCAGACCUUUAUAUUGUUUGACAUUUGUUUUUUCAUUUUAUCUUUAUAAUAUAUAUAUAUUUUUUUAUUCUCUGUGAACUGCUUGGAUAUCACUGUUAAAUAAUUGCUGUUUUCAGACCUUUAAUGAAGUCUGAAACAUCACUGUUGAUAGUUUAUAGAGAAAGUGAAGUUGACGUCAGGCUGUAUUAAAUGUUUUGGACAGGGGUACCGUCUUGUGAGAAUUGCACUGUUACCUGUACCUGCUACAGUGGUCAAGCAGGUAUUUGGACAAACCAUAGACUGUAAAAAAGUUAGGUAUUUUGGCCAUCCCGUAACCUCAAGCCUCAAUAAAAUGUAAAGGGGUGAGUCAUAAGAAAAUUCCCCUACGAUGCAGUUGUCAUGAAUUUUGAAAUUGGCUUUAGAGACUAAAACUGUUUUUUGUACCAGGCCAUAAACAUGUUUAUUUCUGCUGUAAAGUUGGGCAUUUUAACAUGGCGGUCCAUUGGGAUUAUCUCACUUUUUGGAGCCAGCCUCAAGAGACCGUUAGAGGAACUGCAGGAACUUUUUGGCACUUUGAUGUUGGCUUAUUUUUCAGUUCCAGAGGUUGCCACUUGGGACAAACUCAUCAGGAUAAACAACAUAGAACCAUAUGACUUGGCAGCCCAACACUGCAGCCCCUAUUGCACUACCUCCACUCACAUACACAGACAUUGUAAACUAUCUCAUUUUUGGACUGAGUGCACAUAGUUUGGUACAAGAGAUAACAGGAUGAGUACCUCACAUGAUGGCAACCCUGUCCUACUUGAUGUGAUGUACCUGUCCAUUCUCUAUAGAUGAUUAGUAACUAACCCUGUGGGUGCUAUAAAUAACUGCAGCUGUGCAUAAUAUUGGUACAAAAGGAUGGCUGCUCUGGUGCGGGAGGACCUUUCCGACUGUGACCCCCUUUAUACCUUGCACUUAAAUGUGGCUUGUAUCCAGCUUGUACCUAGAUAUGAUUUAACCUGAUUACAUUUACACUUGGUAUUAAUAUGUGUCUUCGGUGUCCACAUUGAGAUCCAAUCGCUGUGUUCAGUUCAAACAACUGAAUGGUUGUAGCCGUUCCCACCAUUUGCUUAGUCAGUUGCGAUAUGAAAUGCCACAUUUUGCUUGUAUACUUUCGUCGGACCAAACAGAAAGCAGACACUUAUCUCGUCCUGACUCCUUCCACAAGUGUCUUAAAGGUUUAGUGUAGUGUGUCGAAUUUAGUGGCAUCUAGUUGUGAGGUUGCAGAUUGAGACUACUGAAAACUUCAAAGUGUGUGGGAGAACUACAGUGGCCAAUGGAAAACAUUGUAUUGCUAGUAGCUUAGCUCCCUAACUGGCUAAUGGCAGGUACAUCACUGGUAUGGUACAGUCACACGCAUUUUCUGUUUGUAUUUACGGCCAUCUAGUUGUUGUGUGUGGAUUGAAAACACGAUGGCAUUUACACUUGUGUUCAAUGUGUUAACAAUCAGUCAAACCACCUCUGGAGGUGGUUUGACUGAUUGGAUCACAAGCCACCCUUAGUGUAUUUUGGGUGCGUUUACACCUGAAUUUUCAUGUGGUCAGCCACUAUUGGACAUCAGUCUGAUCACCCAAAGUCUAUUUUAAUGCAAGGCAUAAGGGGAUCUUCAAGAUGAGAACAAGUAUUUAGAGAUUGUUCUGAUUUUCUGGCUCAUGCUUCAGGCAUCUAAGGGAUCCAAUGGUCCAGCCGGACCCAGAGAAACCAUGCAGUUUCUACAGGAUCAGUCUUCAGGUUUCUAAAACUCUUGGGUUCCUUGCAACAGACACAUUUCAUGGGUAUCUGGCAGGCAGGUCUGGAAUAUCUCAGACAACAUUAAGCCAUGUCAUGCCCAUCAUGUGUGUUCUGGCCUCUGUUGCUAGCCAGGAAUGCACUGUCCUUCUCACAUGCUAACAGAAUCUGGAGCCUGCCUCCCUGGGAUUGGUCCCUACUGUUGGAGAUUUUCCUGUUCAGAGGGGUUUGGCCUUUCCAGACUUGCUCCAUUCGGGCCAUGACCUUUUCCCCUCGCUCUGAAAUCACCAGUCCAGUCCACCUAACCAGUGGUUGUCUUCUCUAAUCACUGAGAUUGAAACAACAUUGAACAUUCACAAACAAACUGAACAUUUCACCACUGUGCCUCUUAAGAGAUAUUGGUAACUGGGAUGCUCUGUACUUGAUCUUGUGUUUGGAUUUUGCAAUAUAACAGGCUAUUAACAAAGAGACCAGUUCUGUGAUUUUGGGACUAGGCAGGGAUUAGUUUGUUUUUGUUUGUUUGCAUUUUUUGUGUGUUCUUAUAUGAACAGUUUUCAUUGCUCCUUGAUACAGGCAGGUACUUUUUUUGCUUGUAUUUUCUUUGUUUUUUUGUUUUUUUUGCCAGCUAAAGAGAAAUAAAAUUUAGUUAGUGGAGAUUGUUUUAUUCUUUAAGUGGUUCAGCGCCAUUCGCUGCCGUUUUCUUUAUGUGCCAGCCUCAGUUGAUUUAUCUGUGAUUGUGCUCUUGUCUUAUAUUUCGUCACUUAUUUUUUGUGCACCUUUGACAAUAAAUGACAAUCUACACCUGA